CCGCCCCCUGCCCCAGGAGGGUUCCUAAGUCACAGGUAGUUAAUUAAUUCUCCUCCUCUCCGGCCCCUGGUAUCCAGGAUACACCAGUGAGGGAGUGGAAAAGCCGGAAGCCGCCGGACAUGGUUGAAAUCUCAUUUCCAGUCCUGUUCUCGCCGCAUCCCCUGGGUCUGCUGCUUAACCUCUCUGGGCGCUCAGUGUCUUGGUCGGUGGAGCAGGUGCGUUGCGGCCAGAAGGAAGCGAGGCAAAAUGUCGGUUCCAGGACCUUACCAGGGAGCUGUGGGGCCUUCCCCGGUGCCCACCGCGCCGCCCUCCUAUGAAGAGACGGUGGCCGUCAACAGUUACUACCCCACGCCCCCCGCGCCCGUGCCAGGGCCCGCCACGGGGCUCAUGACAGGCCCGGAUGGGAAGGGCAUGAACCCCCCUUCGUACUACACCCAGCCAGUGCCCGUCCCCAACGCCAAUGCAAUCGCUGUGCAGACCGUGUACGUGCAGCAGCCCGUCUCCUUUUUCGACCGCCCGGUGCAGAUGUGCUGUCCGUCCUGCAAUAAGAUGAUCGUGACGCAGCUGUCCUACAACGCCGGGGCGCUCACCUGGCUCUCGUGCGGGAGCCUGUGCCUGCUGGGGUGCAUCGCCGGCUGCUGCUUCAUCCCCUUCUGUGUGGAUGCCCUGCAGGACGUGGACCACUACUGCCCCAACUGCAAGGCACUGCUGGGCACCUACAAGCGCUUGUAGGACUCGGCCGGCCGCGGGGGAGAGCCGCGGGCCGACUCUCGCCCAGCCCGCCCCAGCACAGGCGCUCCUCCGGUGGUCUGCCCCCCCCCCGGGGGGGCACCUGCUUUUCGGGGUGGGGGGGAAAUAUCGCAAAAGUCACACACCUCCAGCUCCCAGAAAUUGCUGCUUGGAGUCGCGCACGGGACCUGCAGAGACACCGGCUUCCCUGUGACUGUGUCUUCCGUUGUACACCGCCUCUUCCUGCCUUGGGGGGCCCUUCUGGGGGUGUGGUCUCAAGCAGAGAAGCCACAGGUUGCCUUAUUUUUUGAGACUGUUCUGUCCUGAACUCACUGAACCAGCCUUUGUGCCUGCCAUGCACCCCCCACCGCCCCAUGACAAAGAUCUUGCCUUAUAGAGGUGCUGGGGGCUCGGCUCUCAGGUUCUGUAACUGCAGACUUCAUUAGCACAAAAACUCACUUUAAUUUCCUUGUCCUUUUCCGGAAGUGCAAGGAGGGGCGGUCGCCCCCUCCCCUGCCCCACCCCCACCAGCCGCCUGCUUGGCGGUCCUCAUAGCUGCGGUCUCUGUGACCCCCUCUUGGCCCUCGGCACUGUUGAACUUCAGUUUGCAUCAUUUUCCUUCAAUGAAUGGUGCGUUUCGUUUGCCCAUGCGCACUCUUCUUUUUUUUUUUUUUUUUUUAACGUGGAGAGAUUUCACCUGCUGCCUUCACUUGGGGGGAGCGCGGGUUGUGCGUGGAGAGGCGAGGGAGCCCGUCACUUGCUGGGUGCCUCGCUUGUCUGGGUGCCGCGAGGCUGAAACGGAACCCCCUCCUCCCAGGCAUCCAAAGUCCGAUUGCCUUUCUCAGACUCAGUUUGUGGGUGAGCCUGAACCCACCCCAGGCGUGCCUUUCCGGAGACCCCCACUGUAGUAUUGAAUGAGCACAGGAACUCAUGGAAAUAAUAGGCCGGACCUCGAGCAGAAAUCUGUGUGUUGGUUGAAAACGAUGGUGGUAACCCUUGAUCCAGUGUACACUUUGAAAAGUUUGAUGUUUUGAAAAAUGUCAGUCAUUAUUUUUGCAACGAAUUACGGAUACCACGUAGUACUUCCGGUGUUACCUGCUUUUAACAAAUAAAGCGUUGGGUUCUCUGUUUAUCCA